AAAAUAUGGCGAUGUCUCACGUAACCAUGUGUAAACGCUAAACUCCUAACUAAACUCUGGAAAGUUUUUAAUGAUUCAUGGAAGUAAACAAGUUUAGGACGUUAUUCAUUACAUCCCAACUCCAUCGUCUGCCGCGUUAUUAUGUUGCACUGAAAAGAGAGUUUCAGGAUACCAUUCACAAGGCUAGAAACUACACUACUCGCUCAAAAAAAAGCAUUUCCAUUUCAAAAGAUCACUGCUGCUGUAAUCAGAAGGAAAGCCAUAGACAAAUUGAAAGUCUAACUCAAAAUAAACCGUCUUCACCUGAAGCCAAAACUAGAAUGCCCCCUUCUAUUAUUCCUUUUCUCAAACCUAAUUAUCACAAUACUUUAGAAGAGUCCAUCAGAGGCAACUUUUCUUUAAAAUCAGAUUGCACAGUAUCGGAAGAUGUGCUUAGUCAAAGUGCUGACUGUUUGAAGAAGGGUGGUGUUAUUGCUGUGCCUACAGAUACUGUCUAUGGAGUUGCAUGUCUAGCACAGGAUACGGAAGCUAUUAACAAAAUUUAUGCCAUCAAAAACAGGAAUUUUCAAAACCCUAUAGCUAUAAGUGUUGCUGGUGUUGAGGACAUUCCAAGAUGGAGUGAGAUAACAGUCAGCGAGGAGUUAUUACAUGAACUAUUACCUGGUCCGGUCACUUUGGUCUUUGAAAGGAAGCCAUGUUUGAACCCUUCGCUCAAUCCUCUCACCAACUUGGUAGGGAUUCGCAUUCCCAAGAACUGGUUUAUGCAGGAGCUGCCUGCUCGAUGCUGUGGCCCCAUUGCUUUGACUAGUGCUAAUUUAAGUGGCACUAAGAGCUGUUUACAGAUAGAAGAAUUUGAAAAUCUUUGGCCUCAGCUUGACAUUGUUGUAAAUGGAGGGCGAUUAAAUGAUACAGAAGAAGCCAGAUUGGGAUCAACUGUUGUGGACUUGUCUGUCCCUAAUGUCUACAGAAUCAUUCGUCCUGGCAGUGCUUACAGGUCGACAGUGGACUGCUUAGAGAGAUUUGGAUUAAAGGACAGUACCCAACUAUCGUCAUAACAUUUGUAAAAACUGCAACAAAAUUGACCUCAUGCCAUGGAAGAAGAAUCAAUAUAUGAUGAGUGGUUUGGUAUUUGUAUAAUAAACUAAUGUGAUCUCAAGCCUUAAGUUAAUGUAAGAAAAACACUGUAAAUACAGAUGAAUGUAAUAAGUAUCCUGGUGUGUAUGUUUCAAUCUUGCUCCCAGAAAAAGAUGGGCUUUAGGGCGAGAGAGUGAGGUCGACGUGUUGAGCGAAUCCUCCUCACUUUAAUCCAAAUUCCAGCGCAAGUCACUUGUCAUCCCCCCCUCCCCCAAAACACAACCAAACCAAAGUCCUGUGGCGACAGGCAAGCAGUGAAGUGGUAGGUGUGGGCACACUGGAAGCCGUAGUUGCAACCCUGCAACAGGCGACUCAGAAAACCCCAGUGCAAAUGCCUCAGCCCCCUGGAUGACAAAGUGGUCAUCAUCGAACCACGAUGAACGAACUAUAUUAACAUAUGUGAAUACAGUAGCAGUAACAACAUCCUGAUGUGUAUGUUUCAAUGUUUUUAUCAUAUGUGAAUACAGUAGCAUGUAACAAAGUUUGAUGUGGGUUUGUAAAUGUUAAGAUAACUUGUAAAUACAACAGAGUGUAUAAAAAAAAAUAAUUCCAGUAUGUAAGUGUGUGUGAAUGUCUAGAUCACUUGAGACUACAAGGAAUGUAAAGAACAUAUGAAAGCAUGGUUGUGGGACUGCAGGGAACAUUUUUUUUUUUUUUUUUACUUUUUUGUUACAACAAAUAAACAUUUCAAAUAGAUCUGUGUUCAUACAUUGAAACUCCAAACUAGUUCUUGUUACUAGACUGAUGUUAUCUUUUUAUAUUGAAGUUUGUUCUGUUGUACUCUAAAGCAAGUUCAUAUGUGGUUAGGUUUCAUUCAUUUGUAGUGGGUUUUUUUUUUUUUUUUGUGUUCAUUUUCUUACUAGAUGAUAUUACAUUCAAAUUUAAAAUAAUGCAAAAAAGAAAAAAAACAACUAUAUUUAAAUAAAGACAAUUUAUUAAAUGAA